AUGCGAGCACCUCCAAGGGAAGGGUGGAAGGAAAUGGAGGAGGAAGGGGGUCCGUUGUGCGAUUGUGGUUUUGAGGCUCCUGCUGUUACAUCCUGGACUGGUGAGAACCCUGGGCGAAAAUUUUAUGGUUGUGGACUGUUCAAGAUUCAUGGCAAGAGAGUAUGCAGGUUCUUUGUAUGGUAUGAUGAAUAUCAUGGACUAGGAAAAUAUGACAAGUCUGAUGAAGAAAAUGCAAGGGAGAAGAAAAUUAUUGGUUCACUGUUGAGGAAGAUUGAUGCUAUGAAGAAGAAGGAAAGGCUUUUGGAGAUUUCAUUGGGGACUUGUAUUGUUUUGAUCAUGACUUUGAUCAUUCUGUUGGUUUUUGCUGUUGUAUUCAAAUAG